GCGGCGCGGCGGCCGGCACGGGCGGCGCCGCUGCCGCCGCCGCCGCCGCUGCCGCCGCUGGCUCGUUGGUGUGUGUGCGUGAGGUGUGCGGGCGUGGUGCGCCAUGGUGCGCACCACGCGCCAUGGCCCACAGUGCUGACACCAUGCUGGACAUCAGUGACAAAGUGCGGCGCCAUCUGCGACACUUGUCCAGCUCCAGCUCGACAUCCAGUGGCUGCAGCCAUGCCAACGGCGGCAGCUUGGUACUAGUUCAGGCCCAGGUGAUGAUGCGGGACGACAGUAUGGGCGGCUGGCUGCCCAUGGGCGGCUGGGGACUCUCCAAGGUCUCCGUCCGAAAGCGACACCCUCGCUAUGAACACGUCAAUGCCGAUCACCCAAGACCGAGUACAUCAUCUUCGGCAAGCGCAUCAACGACGGGGUGUCCGUACUAA